CGAAACAGCCCUUAUAUAUACGCAUGGGUGGGGUUGAUUUUGUUGUUACAUGUAAUUAAGUCAUCAGUUGUUAUUUUGUGGUUUGGGCUCCAUCGCACAACACGAAACCAGAAAAGCAGAAGUUUCCGUUGCUGCCAACACCUGUACUUGUCAUAAAUUAAUCCAUCCCUUCCAACACUCAUCAACAAUCACACACAUAUCCAUUCAUUUUCAUGGAUUCUACACCCGAUAAUCCCCAAAAUGAGAAGGGUAUUGAAAAUAGACCUUCUGAUGAGAAUGUCUUGCAAAAGCACGUUGCUUUCUUUGAUCGGAAUCACGAUGGCUUGAUUUAUCCGUGGGAGACCUUUGAAGGAUUUCGCGCAAUAGGAUGUGGUGUUGGGUUGUCCACUGCGGCUUCCAUUUUCAUCAACCUCGCACUCAGCCACAAGACUCGCCCUGGAAAGUUUCCUUCUCCACUAUUCCCAAUCGAGGUUAAGAAUAUUCAAAGAGGCAAACAUGGGAGUGAUACCGGUGUCUACGACUCAGAAGGGAGGUUUGUUCCAUUGAAAUUCGAAGAGAUAUUUAGGAAGCAUGCGCAUACACACCCGGGCGCUUUGACCUCCGAUGAAUUAAUGGAACUGUUGAAAUCUAACAGAGAACCAAAAGACUACCCGGGAUGGGUUGGUGCUUGGACUGAAUGGAAAAUCCUGUAUUUCCUUUGUAAGGACAAUAAGGGUUUGCUUCACAAGAACACAGUCAGGGCUGUUUAUGAUGGAAGUCUCUUUCAGCAUAUGGAGGAGGAAACUAAAUCCAAAAAAAAUAAAGCAUAAUUGAAGAUUUUAGCAUUAAUAGAUAAUUGUAAUCUUUGUCAUAAUGCAUAUGUAGAAAGUACUACCUAUGUCAUGUUCAAGUCUUUUUUUUUU